UUUUAGCACUUAUUCCUUUGCAUGUUUGCUGGCUGAACGCAAGUCCUUGACCCACAGGCUAAGCGUAUUUCCAGCGAAACGUUACGCAUUGUACUGUACAGGGGAACCUACCCAAGGCCGUUACUAUUAGAUAACGAGGCUGUAACAUUUUAAUCUCUCCACAGCCUUCCUUCAAGGUGUCAGUGUCCCUGGCGCAAAUUUUUCUCAGGAUGGUCUGUCUCUGAUACUUUCCUCACUUUUAUUCAUUAUACGUGCAACACACUAAAAUGGCAAAGACAAAUUCUAGCCUUGGCAUGUCCAAUGCCAGCACAAGAGUGGCCAUUUUUUUAUCAAACAUGAGGUAUGAACAUCUUAUAGCAGGAAUAUCAGGCGGAGUUGCAUCCACAUUGAUUCUUCAUCCUUUGGACUUGAUCAAAAUCAGAUUUGCAGUUAGUGACGGUCAGCUGAGUAUAAGGCCUCAGUAUUCUGGACUGUAUGACGCGAUAUGCAGCAUAACACGUUCUGAAGGCGUUCGUGGUCUGUACAGAGGUGUUGCACCCAACGUUUGUGGCGCCGGAUGUGCUUGGGGAUCCUACUUCUUUUUUUACAAUGCCAUCAAAGUAGAAAUGCAAAGUGGAGAUUCAACCAUAGCACUGAGUCCCGCUAAACAUAUGUUAGCGGCCGCUGAAGCAGGUGUAGCCACCCAAAUCUUGACAAAUCCUAUAUGGGUCGUGAAAACUCGUCUUUGUCUGCAAUAUGGUCCAGAAACAGUUCACCUCUCAGAGGAAAAGAGAUACAAGGGAAUGGUGGAUGCUCUAGUCAAGAUGUACCGCUACGAAGGUAUUCGAGGUCUGUACAAAGGAUUCGUACCUGGCAUCUUUGGCGUCUCACAUGGUGCCCUCCAAUUCAUGGCUUACGAAGAAAUGAAAAAUAGUUAUAAUAGUUACCGAAAUUUACCUAUCGACACUAAACUGGCCACAAGCGAGUACCUGUCCUUUGCUGCCCUGUCGAAACUAUUUGCAGCAACUGCUACUUAUCCCUACCAAGUAGUGCGAGCACGAUUACAGGACCAAUAUCGCGACUACAAGGGCGUCAUGGAUGUGAUAUCACAGACGUGGAGGCGUGAGGGGGUGAGAGGCUUAUUACAAGGGAUUGCUCCCUAACUUGUUGAGGGUCACUCCGGCUACAGCCUUGACGUUCGUCGUCUACGAGAAUGUUUCUUACGCGUUGAAAUCGCUAUCCAGCGGGCAAAAGAAUCAUUCAGCCGAAGGCGAGGAUCGAACUCUUUCCAAACCAAAUGAAACACAAUCUUCGUCAGUAACGACCAAAAUUUAAAGUUUGGGUCAUUUGUUUUCUUUCCCUUUUACCAGUAAGUCGAAUACAUUUGUUAUUGUUUUCUUUAAUAAAAUGAUAACGAUCCAAAUGGAAACGGACAUGAUACUGUAAGUUUCCAUGUCAUCGAGUCAUAACGUUCAA